AAUCGAUACAGCAUUACUCAUCACCGCAAUCGCUGCGUUUGUUUGGUGUGAGCUGCGGGGAUUGGCUGCUCUGUGCCCGUGUUUUGCGUUUUGUGACCACCAAAGAGACCCCCGAGGACACGAUGGCAGUCAACCUUCCGCCCGUUACGCCGCUGCUGAAGCCCAUCCAGCACUAUCUCAAGACGGCCCAGGAGCAUGAUACCCGCGAUCCGGUCGUAGCCUACUGGUGUCGUCUGUACGCGCUGCAGCUGGGCCUGAAAAUCCCCCACCAGACCAUGGACGAUCGGAAAGUGCUGGUGGCAAUAAUGGACUGGCUGGAGGCGACCAAGCGAGCGUCGGCGGACAACGAAUCCAUCACGAACGAUGUGGCCGCGCUGGCCUAUCUGGAGAACUACGCCUUAAAGUUGUUCCUGUACGCGGACAAGCAGGACCGGGCGGGCAACUUCGGCAAGAAUGUCGUCAAAGCGUUCUACACCGCCGGCAUGAUCUACGACGCGUGCCAAACGUUUGGCGACCUGACGGAGGAGGUAACACAGAACCGGAAGUACGCCAAGUGGAAGGCUUCCUACAUUCACAACUGUCUCAAGAACGGCGAAACGCCCGUCCCGGGCCCUAUGCCUACCGAGGGGGAAGAGGAUGGCAAAGAUUAUGACCAGGAUGCGGGAGGAGCCUUUCAACCGAACCCGGAACCCCAGCCCGGUCCGAGCAACACGCCUGCCGCACCGCCACACUUCCCGAGCGCAAUGCCCACACCACCGCCGGCAGGUCCCACCAACUUCACCACCACCGAUCCGUUCAGCAACGUAAAGGCGCCAACACCGCCCAGCGAGCCGGAGAAACCGCCCGGUGGCUUUCAGCCCUACACGGGUGGACCGGUGGCGGACGCGGCUGGACUGCCGGUGGAAUCGAACCGAAUGGUCACGCCGGGCGGAGUGCAGCUGCGACCGGAUCAAAUCACCAAAGCGCAGAAGUACUGCCGAUGGGCGGAAAGUGCCCUCAACUACGAGGAUUUGAAAACUUCAAUCGAUAAUCUCCAGAAAGCGCUCCGUCUGCUGCAAACCGGACAGGAUGGGUAGGAUUGUGCGUGAGGGGAGGGGAGGUGCGUCCCCAGCUGUCGAUCGUGCGUUGUUUUAUCGCUUUUAUCUAGUUGCUUAGGGUGUAUUAACCUGUAUACUCAGAGAAUUAUUCAACUUAUUGCCUAAUAAACAAAAAAAGAACAUAAAACGUA